AGCUGACGUCAUUAGUUUGUUAUGAAAUUGUCAGCUGCUUCUGUUGUUAUUUGUUGCAUCGAAAGUUCAUCAAACGCAGAUCCGAAAAAGAAGUGCAGGAGCUAAAAUUUGCGUUACCAUCAAACAAUUUUCGGUCGUAUUUGCUUCGACGUCAUUUCAGUGUUGCAACUGAUGACCUUCACCUUUGGACGGCUGUUCUGAGAUCAUCAUCCUACAAUGGCGGCCGAACAAAAAUCCGAUACUGGGAAGAGUUGGUGGAACCAAUUUUCCAACUUUAUGCGCAAAGAUACAAAAGGAGUGGAAAUCAUAAGCUACUCAAUAGCUGGGGUUUUGUUUAUCGUCGCCUACAGGAAAAUACGUCCAUUCACCAUCUUCGGUAAAUCUUCCGACAUACCGAAUCACUUCAUCCGUGAACAAAUAAAGCAAUUCGGUCGGGUGACUAAAAUUGAACCAUCACAACAGUACGGCCCACUGCUCGUUGUGCAACACCAUCCACCCGCGAAAAUACUGUUUUGGUCAAACAAAACUAUCCCGAUCAAGAUCGAUGGUGUCGACAUUAACGCAAACGGCUACUCCUGGCUUCAGUCCGUGGUAGCCGGUAAGGAAAUAUGUUUCAUGCCAAUGAAAACAACGUCUAGCGAAGUGCACGCCGAAUCCCGCGUUUAUUUGACCGGGCCAAAACAGCACAUCGACAUCGGAGAAGCACUGCUGAGUUUGGGAUUUGCCAAACUAACCGUCACCGUGCCAAAGCCCGUACGAAAUCGAAAAGAUGUGCAUGCCGUUGCACUGUACCAGUACUAUCGAACGCUUGACAAGGCAGAGCGCUACGCGAAGGAUCGCCGGAAUGGACUGUGGCAGUACGCUUUGCCUCCGCGCUCGUGGCCCCUAUCAUUGUGGCCCGUGCUGUGGGACCGUGUCACUAGCGCCAACCGGUUGCCGGCACUCGUUCGAUAACAGAUCACUAGAGUAUCAUUUGGAAAACGGGAACGGCGUGGAAAUGAGUAUGUAGCACUUAAAACUGCUUUAAACAAACCUUCUUUGCGUGCCUUGAACAACAAACAGCAAUAAAAUGUAGUUAUGAAAGGCUUAAAAA